AUGGAGGUCGAUCACGCAUCACGGGUCGUUCUACCGGGCGAUGUCAUACACGAAGCAACCAACAAUGAGCAGCAAGGAGUGAUCACGCUUGGUCCUGGUUUGCGUCAAGAUGGCGAGCACAUUGUAGCAACCAAAGCCGGCAUGCUCAAACACGCACCUCCCAUGCGAUGGUGGAUCGAGAGCAAUCAAAAGCGAUAUAUUGCAGCUUCGGGAGAGUCCGUCUUGGGUGUGGUGACAGCCAAGCUUGCCGACUAUUAUCGCGUUGAUAUUGGUACAGCACAUACAGCAGUAUUACCAGCACUUGCAUUUGAAGGCGCCACCAAACGCAACAAACCUAAUCUUGUACCACGCACGCUUGUCUAUUGUCGCAUUGCCAUGGCCAACCGAGAUAUGGAAGCCGAGCUUGAUUGCAUUAAUCCAACGACGGGCAAGGCUGAUGGAUUUGGAGAACUCAAGGGUGGAUACAUGAUCAAAUGCUCACUGGGUCUCUGUCGACGGUUACUGGAUGCCAACACACCCAUCUUGCAAUUGCUUGGAGAACAUUUUCCUUUUGAAUUGGCAGUCGGCAUGAAUGGUCGUGUGUGGCUUAAUUCCAAUAGUACCAAGGAUACCAUUAUGCUCGCCAAUGCCAUCCUCAACUCGGAAUACCUUAGCGAGGAAGAAUGCAAAGCCAUGGUCCAAGGAUUGAUCAACAGAGCAUAA